CCCUCGCCCCUCUCUCCUUCCCCCCCUUCGCCUCUCCUGCUAUCUUGGCCGCGAAAGAGCCAUGACUUCCCGCGAGGCAUCCCCCAUCAUGAGCGACCCUGCCCGCCGAGAGGCCAGCCCAGAUGCGUCUGGGCCGGAUGCCCCGGGCCCCGACUCGAUGGAGGUCCCCGGUUCUCCGGGACGCUCGGCGCGCGAUGAGCGGGCCCGAUCGCGGUCGCCCUCGCGGUCUCGGCGGUCGCGCGACCGGUCGCGCGACAGCUCCGUCAGCGAGCGAGACCGCGAUCGCAGCCGAUCCUCGCGCGACCAUGAUCGCUAUCGUAGCAGCGAUCGGUCCCGGUCGCGCCGGAGUUCGCCCUCGCCCUCGCGCUCCCGCGGUGGUGGCUCAUCGCCGGUUUCCUCGCGCGAGGCCCACUGGCGCAAGACCAUGACUGAGGAGGAGGCCUCCCUGCCGGAGGAGCAUGUGUCAGCCAUGCAGGCCAAGUUUGCCGAAUUCGGCGUCUCCGAGGACCUCCUGCCGGAGUACUACAAGGUCCUGUGCUCACGGGCGCUGGCUUUUGCAAACAAUGUUCACACUGACUUCGUUGCCCGGUCCGAACGCCAGGCGGCCCUGCAGAAGAAGCUCGCACAAGAGGAGCUUCAGCGUCUGAUCCACUCCUGGUCUACACUUUACAUUGGCAACAUCCCCCACGAGAUUACCCCCCAGCAGCUCUUUGAGAUUUUCUCGACCUUCGGCUACAUUCGCAGCUCGGACAUGCCUUUCGACUCGGCCACACAGAAAUUCAAGGGCUUCGGCUUUGUCGAGUACGAGGUCCCGGAGGCCGCCACAGCUGCCUUCAUCAUGAAUGGGCUGACACUAGGCACGCACCUCCCCCGGUCCAUUCGGGUGUCGCGUCCGUCGAAGGUGGAUCAGACCAGGCCCAAUGGCGGCCUGCCGCCCCCGACCGAGAACCGCGCGUACCUGGCCAACAUCAGCCCUCGGUUGACGGAAGACGUGCUCAGCCGUAUCUUCAACCUCGCUGGCGAGGUCACCCGGUGUGUUCUCGUGCCGGAUCCCCUCCAUCCGGGUUUCCACAAGACCUACGGGUUUGUGGAGUUCAGCGAGCCUGCUUCCGUCAACAAGGCCAUCGAAAGCUACCACGGCUACGAUAUCGAAGGCCGGCAACUGUGCGUCACCCGGUCGGUGGCCGGGCUGGAUCUGCCUGAGGGCAUGAGCUCCAUGGACCCGGGGAUGGUCCUGCCGCCGGAAGCGGCUCCCCAAAGUGCUCCCUUCAUCGCCACGCAAAUCGGCCCCAAUGGCCUGGCGACCCGCUUCCAGGGCGGUGCCUGCGGCAGCGGAGCCAUUGGCGGCGGCGCGCCCAGCGGCCAGCCGAUCGCCGGUGCGGCGCCCAUCCCCAUGCCCACGCCGUCCUUCGGGGGUGACAGGUCCCCGGCGGGGAUCAUGCCGAUCCCAGGCCCCGGCGGCCCUGUGUACGACCCGACGGCCACGGCCUUGCGCGGCGGCGGCGGGUCAGCCAUGCAGCAGGCCAUCAUGCGAGAGUUGCUGGUCAACUCGGUCCCUGCCUCGCAAACCCUGCUCCUUGAGAAUAUGGCGCGCAAUUCCGAUGUCAUGGACAAGGAGGAGGCCGAGGACUUUGUGGCCGAGAUUCGGUCCGAGUGUGAGCGCAGCGGCCCCAUCCGGGCCAUUGUCUUCCACGUCUUCGGCGACCGGGCCGAUCCAAAUGCCCCCGUGCGCUUCUUCGUUCGCUUCAACACCACCGAGGCCGCUGUCAAGUGCCAGGAUGUCAUGAAUGGGCGGUGGUUUGCUGGCCAGCGGAUUGUCGCGCGUCUCUACGACGAUGCCAAGUUCCUGUCGGAAGAUUUUACCGCCUAGAGUCGUGUAGCGACCGCAUUACGUGUGAUCGCGCGCGUUGUGCCCCUUUGUUGCCGCCUGCGUCCUUCCUCCCAAGUCGUCUCACCCGCUCCUCUGUAUCAUACAACUCCCCACCUCCCUAUGCCCCUCCCCUCCCUCUUUCCUCCUGUUCCCCUGUCUGUCGCUAUUUGGUUUGUCCCUUGCUGCCAUCUCCUCCUCUGUCCUUUCUCCAUCUGUCCCUUUCCAUGUAUUUUGGUUCCCACUGCUGCCUGCCUGUCGCCUGCCCGCAUACGAGGAAAGCGCCUUUUGCCGGUGUCCUCUCCUGUUUUGCCCCUUCUUCUUACUCCCCUCGCGUGUUUAUCUCUCCCUUUCUCUCCCUCCCUAUUUCCUCCCCUUCCGGGCUAUCCUCGUCAACCAUGUGCGCUGGACGUCUUCCCGCCGCUUUAUGUCUGAAUAUGUACACACGCACCGUCUCAGGCACGAGAGGGCGCGGGGGAGGGGAGGGGGGGGG